UGGUUGGCCUUCCAUGCACGUGUGGUGUGGAGCAGCAGCAGAGCUCAUCCACCGGUGAAGUUCUGUGCCACGGUUCGGUCCACGGGGCUGUUCAACGAAAAGGUUGAAUAUCCCCACUCGUCGUUCAAGCGUCUGCUCAGCCACUACUAUUUACCCGCUGCCUGACACCAUGUAUAAGAUGUACAUAGACGAUUCCGAGUCUGAGAAAGAUGAAGAAGACAGCGACGAUGGUUCGAGUAGUCCUGUUCGGUUCGGUUCGGGCAGUCCAGGGAGGCCCUCUGGACCCUCGGACUCCGAUGUCAUCGUGCUCAGUUCUACCUCCGCUAGUGACAGUGACGACGCCGAGGACGUUCAGGACUGGAUGAUGGUCGGUGGAAGGGCGAUGCACGGAGACCACAGUAUUAAUCUCAACCUGGAGGGGUCUGACAGCGGCUCAGAGCAGGGCAACAACUGGCAUAUUGACAAGCGUCCGGGCAAAAAGCCGAAGGAUGGAGACGAGGACAAAACACCGGCAUCGUUCCGUAACCGUUACUUUUCUCCUGGUGCCUUAUCCCCUGAUCACAACGAGAAAUGGGAAAUCUCAGAUAAAGAUAGACAGGCCAAAUCAGCAACAUGGCGCUACUUCGUCCCAAAAACCUGCACCAACUGUCGGAAGACAGGACACAUAGCACGAUUCUGCCCCACUGCUAAGAAGCGCGUUUGCUGCUUGCUGUGUGGGCAGGACGGACACCGCCAGUACUGCUGUCCCCAACGCUACUGCCCCGUCUGCGGACUCCCCAUGCACACCCACGGAGCCGUAUCCCGUAGGCCCGCCUACGGAGCCCCGCCCCCUCCCUGCCCUCUGAUGUCACACUGCAGACAAGUCUGCACGCGCUGCGGCCUCAAGGGACACCUGCAGGAGGCCUGCCCAGACCUCUGGAGACAAUACCAUCUAACGACUAAGACGGGUGUCCCUGUGAGACCGCCUGGGAAGGUGAAGAGUCAACGGCAGACGUACUGCUACAACUGUGGCAGAGAUCACAGCGGACAUAACUGUUUCCGCCAGAGGAUGCAAGACUCAUCUGUCUUCUUCCUUCCGUAUGUGUGUCAUUACGAUACAAAGGAAGAACAGCAAGCACGCCAAACUGCUACCAUCUCCCCUAUCAAAGACCUGCUCCAGAGGAAGUACCUGAAGCGCACCUGGCCCGAGAAGCGUCGCGAGCGUCAGGAGAGCAAGCGGAUGAAGAAGGAGCGCGAGAGCUCGCUGCCCUCCUGGCUCGGAGGACGACUCCACAACAAGAACCUCCAGGAGAAGAAGAUGAAGGCCAUCGCCAAGAUCAAAGAUGGCUACGACCGCUCCGGCUCAGCCAAGAAUCCCUUCAACGACAGAAAGGCUAGUAGAGCGAAGACGAAGGCGAAGUUUAAGGCGCAGAGUGACGACGACGUGACUAUUGUUUCAGUAAAGAAACCCAGCAAGAAGCAGAAGGCCAAGUUGAAGGCCAAGGCGCAGAUGGACAUCGCACAAGAGCUCGGCGGCAGCGGCGGUGGCGUUGCUAAGGUUAAGGAGCCAAAGUGGAUGAGGAAGAGGAAUAAAAGCAAGAAGAAAGGUGUGGCGGGGCUUGUCCCGGACUGUGAGAAUAGUGGUGGUGGUGGUGGUGGGGGCGGAGGACCCCGCAUGUGGAACGGACGAUUCCUGGACAGGCGGCGGAAGGCGACAGGUCGGCAUAGUAACAACAUGUUCCCUCGCGGUGGCGGGGCGCAGGACAAGGGGCAAGCGAGACGCAGGCAGCGCUAG